AUGGCAGAAGUGUUGAAUAGGCUAUCAAACAAAGUAGUUUCCAUAGGAAAACACAUUAAAAAAGACUCAAUUUUACCAAAAUUAUUUUCCCAAAUUGGGAGUUUCUACCAGAAACUACAUGUAACGAACAACGAAUCCAAUGUUGAUGAGAUUGAAAUAGCCAGAACAGCUUAUUUCAUCUUCAUUAAACAUCUCAUGAACGACCAAAGGAUUUUUGAGAUUUUCUUUAGCGACAGCUUUUUUCUACAGUGUAUGUUGUCGUUUUUGUUCGAAGAGAAUUUGCAAAAUUACGCAAUCGAAAUUAUUUCAUCUUAUAUCCAGAUAACUAGAUCAGCUGAGUUCAUUUCUCCGCUUCAGAGUGUAAUAGCGUUGACUAUUUCGAGCCUUCCUUCUCCGAAACAUGCUGAAUUGUUGUUGAAUUUACUGAAUAUGUUAAAUGACAACUUGGCAAUUCGAAGAAACAUGUGUAUCAUAUUCUCCCCGAUCUGUCCAUCAAUUAUACAGGUAAUGCUACGCCCCGAUAUCCUUACAACCCUUUUUGAAACGUGUGCAACGUUUUUGGCAAUAAUGUCACCUUUUUAUACAUUUAAUGUUCCGUUAACAGAAAGAUCUACAAUUUUUUCUGACAAAAACGAUGAUGUUUUAUUUGUGAGAAUGAUACAAUUAUUAGCAGGAGACAUCGUAUCAGCGAUAUUCCCAACAUUUAUUGUGAAACAACCAAUAGCUUUGAAAGUAAUGAUUUUGAUGUUUUACAAUACAAAGAAAAUUAAAGAUGUUGCCGAUUUCGCUUUGAAUUUGUGUAAAUUCUCCCCUGUAAAUAUCCAAAAAUUCGCUUCUAUAGAUUUGUCAAAAUUUUUGACAGAUAUAUUGGAAGAAGAAAAGAAAUCGCCGACUUUGGAUGAAGAAACAAUCGGAAUUUUUCUUAAUAUUUAUGGAAUGACUGCGGUUAUGUAUUCAAAUGCUGUAUCGGCCAUAAAGUUCAUCUCACUUUUGACACCGACAACAAACAACACAAUUUCUAAUUACCAACUGAAGUAUUUUGAUUGUUUGAAUUACAUUGCUUCGACUUCUUUGAAUGAACCAAAAAGUUGUUUGACAUUAAACGGUUUUUCUGUCAAAAAUAAACUUGAUGGCAAAGAUUUAACGAAAGAUGGAUUUACUGUUACUGCAUGGGUAUGGAUAGCGCAGAAUGAGAAUAGUUAUAAAGUUAACAUUUGGGAGAUUUCAGAUGGAAAUGACGCAAUAGGAAUUUUUUUACAAGGAACAAAAAUUUAUUUUCAUCAAACAAACGGAGAUUUUGAAAGCCAAGGAAAAAUUUCAGUGAAUUUACAACUGAAUCAUUGGCAUUUUGUCGCAAUUUCUUACUCAAAGGAUGAAAAUACAGGUAUGAUAACUUAUGCUGUUAAUUCUAAUGAAUCCGACCAAAUGAGAGUGACACUUUUAGACUUCACUUCACAUUGGGAAAAUGCUGUUAUGGAAUUUGGUGGAAAACUAUCUGAGAAUGUUCCUGUACCAAGCAGAGUUACGAAUACAGGAUUAUUUAGAUUGUUAUAUUACAAAGAAGUUAUGAAAAUAUAUGAAAUUGGAUUUGAAAACCAACAAAAUCUUCCUUUUUCACCUUAUUUGUUUUUUAAUGAUUUUCAUGAUCCAUCCAACAAAAUAAGGAAUGGAUUUGUAGAUAUAAUAAUAGAAAGAUGUGGUGUUGCUUGUUUAUUACCUUUGUUUUCUAUGAAUGAUUUAAGAUAUUCUAAUGGAGAAAAGUUUGAUUUACAAUUUGACAGCGCUUUGUGUUUAUUAAUUAAUAUUGUUAUGUAUUCAACAGACAGCCAGAUAUUGUUUUAUCAUGCACAUGGAUUUCAUAUUUUUAUUUAUUUAAUUAUGAAAUAUUGGAUAGAAAAAUUUAGUUUGAAAACUUAUAAUCAAUUAAUUGUUUCUUUGACAAGUUUCAAAGUUGACAUGCUACAACAAUAA